AUGUGGCAUAUAUCUGAGAACAAAGCUUCUGUAGAGAAGACGCUCAAAGAGGGUGGAAAAGGUGAUAAUGAGGAGGAUGAGGACGAGGAGGGUGGCGAAGGUGAUGAUGAUGAUGAGGAGGAGGAGGAGAAGGGUGACAAAGAUGAGGAGGAGGAUCGUGUGGACAUGAAUGACAACAACAGUGGGGAUAACGACAAGACUAGAAGUGAAGAUAAGGAUGGGGAUGACAACAAUACUGGAAGUGAAGCUGACAAGAAUGAAUUGUGCAUCAGUGUGCUAAACGCAUACAUUUUCUCAAAAGCUGCAUUUUUAAGCACUCCUUUAUCAAACAAAAAUAAGGAUAUUGAAUAUAAGGAUGUGGAGGAUGGAAAGAAUGGAAGUGAAUCUGAUAAAGGAGUUCAAUUUGAAACUGCUAACAAGCGGAGGUAUGAUAAUCUCAGCUUACAUUUUUUUCAUCUAUCCAUGUUGCCGGUUGAAGAAAAUAUGCUUUUACUCACACAGGGAGAAGAUCCGGAGAAGGAAUCUGAAAUGGCAAAGCAAGAUAUUGAUGACAUUCUAGACAAUUUUUCGGAAUCUGCAUUUGUGAAGCUUGAAAAAGGUUGUUACAAAAUGGCACCAGCUGAACUGAAGCAAAAGGUGGCAACUGGCAACCAUAAUCUGUAG